AUGGCCAUGAACUUCAAGCCUCUGAAAAUGCGUCUACCAUCUGUCGGGAUCGCGCAUUACAUGUGCUCUGGCAAAACUCCCAGAAUACAUUUUUCGGCUGCAAGAUGUGGCAAUUUCGCCCAGAUCUCCACAUCCAGCCGGCAUUGCGCAGCAUCAGUUUCUGCUGUGAUCCCUCCCGUCGUACCUCAUUUGACAGCAUCUGAUCUCGAGCACGCCACACAACCGUGUCAUAUUCGCAGCGUGCACGAGAACCUCCAGAAACACGGCAUACUCAAAAUCGGCCUGGGUUUUUCAGAUCCUGACAGCGAUUACCUGAAGGAACUAGUCCAAAGUCUUCAUCAACAUCAUGGCCAUCAGCUUCCCAUAUCUCACAGCGCCUCACGCGGGUGGUUCUGGGAUGUGAGGCCCAACAGCACCGUUUUCCAGACUGCCAACCACCAGGCUCGGUCUGAAACGAUGGAAGAGUUCCCUUGGCACACCGACUGCAGCUAUGAAGACUUGCCGCCACGAUACUUUGCACUCCACGUUCUCCAGGAAGAUCGAUUCGGUGGAGGGACCUUGUCGGCCAUGAACACUCAACGGCUAAGCCUGUCUCUCUCCUCGUCCACCCGAGCGUCUCUUAUGCGACGAGAGUACAGCAUCACAAUUCCUCCAGAGUUCAUCAAAGACCCCCGGAAACAGAACAUUAUAGGGAGUCUGAUGACCGCUGACGAACAAGGUCAGCAAAACAUGCUACGCUUCAGGAGAGAUCUCGUAACAGCUUUGACGGAGCGGGCCUCAAAAGCACUGCAAGAGCUAGAGGAGGCCGUGCAAGAUGCCAAUGCUCAAUCACAGUCAACGGUGCAUCUCACCGCCAAGGACUUUCCCGCAGGGACCAUUAUACUGAUGGAUAAUCGCCGCUGGCUGCACGCACGGCACAGCAUCAAGGAUCCAAAACGUCAUUUGCGUCGGGUGCGUUGGGACGCAAUUCCAUUCGAUGCUCGUCUGAUGGAGCAGUAA